CUGGUGGAUGCUUCAGCGGGGCAGAGAGACGCUCCGCUUGUAAUUGCGUCUUCGUUAUUAGAUUUAAUACCGUUGCUGCAUCAAUCGAAGACAAUAACAACAAAGCUGCUGCUGUCUCCUACAGCAGCAGCAGCACAAGCCCCGAACAACACAGAAGCAGCAAACACUGACCCCAAACAGCAGCAGCAGCAGCAGCAGCAGCAGCAUGGGCGGCAGCAGGAAAAUAGCGCAGCAAAAAAGGCAGCAAAAGAUCAGCCGGGUUCUGCAGCUACAGCAGCAGCAGCACCUUCUCAAGCAGCAUCAGCAGCAGCAGGAACAGCAGCAGCAGCAGCAGUUACUGCUCCUAGUUCGGCAGCUGAGGCAAUUGAGGUGUAUAUUACAGUAGAAGCUGCAGAACUGCUGGGGGCCCCAGAAGACAGUCAAGAUUGGAAUGUCUUUACCUUUGCGGUUGAAGGAGUGGAGGAUCUGCCUGAGUUUUUUCGCGGGUUUUCUCUUGAGAGCGACUCGCAUCCUUUUUCUUACUCGACGGAGGUUGUCUUCAAUAUGGUGAAAGACCUUCACCUCAGCAGCAUGAAGAUAAAGCAGGGAUCCCUGCAAAGCCGCGCAGCAAGGGGGCCCCCUCAGUUAAAGGGCCUGGCUGCAGACUCGAGUGUCUCUGCAUCUUCAUGGAGACAGCUGGCGGCGAAGGCGUGGGUCCCUCUUGCUGCUAUUAAAGAAGGGAAGCAGCAAACAGAAAGUCUUACUGUCCCCUUGACUGCGGUGUAUGCUGAGGCUGCUGCUGCUGCUGCUGCUGCUGCUGCUGCUGCUGCUGGCGAUUCUUCCUCUUCGCAGCAACAGCAGCAACAGCAACAGCAACAGCAGCAGCAGCAGCAGCAACAGCAGCAGCAGCAGCAGCAACAGCAGGAGCAACCUCUCCAAGACCCUUUUGUAGAAGCUGGGGCUGUGUUGAAGAUCUCUGUUGCCCUUCACCACCCCCUGCGGCCGCUCUUUCCUGAGGUCCCCUCGGCUCUGCGCCUCUUCCCUUCAGCAGAACAAACUGCUGCUGCUGCUGCUGCUGCUGCUGCGAAGGCAGAGAAUGGAGCAGCAACAGCAGCAACAGCAGCAGCAGCAGCAGCAGAUGGAGGCGGGGGAUGGAGACACCGGCUGCUGCAGCACACCGCAGCAGCUGUCUCCUCAGUGGCUGCUAAGAGUCUCUCUCUUGUGAGUUCGUCCCUCUCUAGAGUGCUGCCAGCAGCAGCAGCAGCAGCAGCAGCAGAUUCCGAAGCAGCAGCAGCUGCUGCUGCAGAAGUAGGACUGCAGCAGCUAACGCUUCAGGUGUAUAGAGACCUCAAGGCAGAGGGACAGCUAAUUGAGAUGGAGAGACAGCUGAGGCAGCUCGUGCGGCAAGCAGUUAGAGACAGAGUAAGAGCAGAUACUCUCCUUGCUGCUGCUGUUCGCAACUGCAGCAGCAGCAGCAGCAACAGCAACAACAACAACAACGGCAACAGCAACAGCAGCAGCAGCAGCAGCGAGGCUGCUGCUCUGCUGCAGCAGCAACGCCGCAAGAGUUUAGUUCUUGCUGAGUGCUUUGCUGCUCUGUCUGAAGCCCUAGAGACAGAAAUUGCAACCGCUGUCAAGUCUGAGGCAGCACGAGCCGAGCGCGCCCGCCUCUUUCUGUCUCCUGACUCUGGGGUGGAGACAGCAGAAGCUCCCCUGUCUGCAGCAGCAGCAGCAGCAGCAGCGCUGCCACCAGAGUCAACAGCAGCAGCAGCAAGAACGACAGCGCCAGCAGCAGUAGGAGCGGCAGCAGCAGUACCAUCUCAAGCUGAAGCGGCAGCAGCAGCAGGAGCAGGACAAUCAACCGCAUUAGCAGGAGAAGCACAGACAGAGUCAACAGAAGCAGCACCAGUAACCGUAGCAGCAGCAGAAACAGCAGCUGCAGUAGAAACAACAGCAGCAGCAGCAGCAAGAUGCUGCAGAAAGGAGACAGAAUAUGAACGCCUCUGUCGCCUUCGCUUCGAAUCAGAGAUUGCUGGGGAUCUAGCUGCAGCCAUUGGCUAUCACAAGCAGCUGCUGCUGCUGCCCGCAGCAGCCUCAGCACCAGCAGCAGCAGCAGCAGCAGCAGGUGCAGCAGCAGCACCAGCAUCACAGCCUGAGCUGUACGUACAGCUGGCAGCGCUGCUGCUGCGAGAGAGUCAAGACAACGCAGAGGAAGCGCAGGGAAUUGUCAGGGAGGCAAUAUACAAAUUCGGAGGCCUGCAGCAGGCGCCCCUCGAACCGCUGCUGCUGCUCGGCUGUCUCCUCCUUGACUGCAACAAACCGAAGGAGGCUCAAGACAUCUUCGCUGUGGCAGUUAACAGGCAGCUGCAGCAGCUGCAGAAGCAGCAGCAGCAGCAACAGCGGCAGCAGCAGCAGCAGCAGCAGCAGCAGCAGCAACAGCAGGAGACAACGGAUAAACCACUACAGCAUUCGAAGGAGGAAUCGCUUGCAUGCGCUUCAUCAACCCCAGAACAUCCUGCUGCUGCUGCUGCUGCUGCUGCUGCUGCGAAUGAGCAGCUAGACCCUCCUCUUUCUCUUUGUUUUUUCUGUCUUUGUUUGUCUUUCCUAUUUGCUGGAGACACGCAAAAGUUUGAAGCUGCGUGGGCUCUCGCGCUGCAGCCUGCUGCUUUCUACUUGCAGCAGCAGCAACAGCAACAGCAAGUGCAGCAGCAGCUGCAGCAGCUGCAGCUGGCCGAGCUAGGGGCGCCGGACACGGCAGCAGCAGCGGACACGAAGGCUGGCAACCAACAGCAGCAACAGCAGCAGCAGCAGCAGCAGCAGCAAGACCACCAGAAGAUUUGGACUGAGUGGACAAUGCAAGCAAUCAACAAGGAGGAAGAGGAGGUGCAGCAGCAGCAGCAGUUGCAGCAGCAGCAGCAGCAACAGCUGAUGGAGUUGUACGGCUCUCAUGACUUUCGAAAGAGCGACGAUCUGCAGCAGCAGCAGCAGGAAGCACUGCAGCGGGAGCAGCAGCAGCAGCAGCAGCAGGAGCAACGGCAGCAGCAGCUGCUGCAGCAGGCACUGGAAGCAGCUGCAGCAGCAAAUGCACUUAAUCCUUAUAGAGCAGAGACUUGGGGGCUGCUUUGUCUUGCUUCUUUAGGGUUAAAGAAGCUUCGACAAGCAGCAGUUUGCUGCCGCUGCUACAUGCGGAGUAAUCUUAAGACUGAAAGCACCCUAGCUAAGCACAGCACCAUUAUAUUUGCCGAUCCCUUCAAACCCCUUCCUGCUGCUGCUGCUGCUGCUGCUGCUGUGGGUGUGGGUGCUGCUGGUGGGGAUGCAAACGCAGCAGCAGCAGCAGCAGCAACAGCAGCAGCAGAAAGAGAAAAGAUAGACAGCAACUCACCUAGGGAAGUUGCUGCAGCAGCGGGAGUAACGUGUCUGUGGAUAGGAGAGCUGCCGCUGCGGAUAGCUGCUGCACUGCUGCUGCAGCAGCAGCAGCAGCAGCAGCAACAACAACAACAACAACAACAACAACAACAACAACAACAACAACAACAACAACAACAACAACCAUCACUGGAUGAACGCCCUAGAAACGGCGAAGGAGCUUGCAAAAGCAGGAUGACUCAAGCUACGCUGCUGGGUUUGCUGGCAGCAGAAGAAGGAGACCUUCCUGCAGCGCUGCAGCACUUUGCUGCUGCGAUAGCGUACAUCAGAGAGGCAUUUGAACAGCAGCAGCAGCAGCAACAGCAGCAACAGCAGCAGCAGCAGCAGCAGCAGAGCCUGCUGCUGUUGCUGCUGCGGUCUGACUUUGUUGCUCGCCAAGCAAUUGCUUACAGCAACAGAACCCUGCAUGCAGCUGUACAGACUCCUCAUCUUACUGCUUUAGAGGAGACAGUUAGUGCAGCAGAUAAGCAGCUAAGACAAGAAAUAGAGCGGGCAAUGCAGCAGCAGCAGCAGCAGCAGGAACAGCAACAGGAACAACAGCAGGAACAGCAACAGGAGCAGCAGCAGCAACAGGAGCAGCAGCAACAGGAGCAGCAGCAACAAGAGCAGGAAACGUAG